AUGGCAGUGAAAUUGCAAUAUCUAAGACGUGAUUUUGAAACUCUACUCAUGACGAAUGGCGAAUCAAUUGCUGAUUUUUUGUCAAGAGCAAUGGCAAUAGUCAGUCAGAUGCGUACCUAUGGAGAGAAAAUUUCAGACGAAACAAUUGCUGCAAAAGUGUUGAGAAGUUUGACUCCAAAGUUCGACCAUGUGGUGGCUGCUAUAGAAGAAGCUAAAGAUCUAUCAAUACUCUCUCUUGAUGAACUGAUGGGAUCGCUUCAGGCUCAUGAGUCAAGAAUCAAUAGAGCAUCAGAAAGGAAUGAAGAAAAGGCACUACAAGUGAAGGAGACAGCCAACAACGAAGGCAACGAAAGAGAAAAUAUUCAUUUAGCAGGUAGAAGUCGUGUAAGAGGAGGAUUUCGCAGCUUCCAUGGUGGUCGUGAUAACAGGGGUAGAUGGAGAAGUGAUGGACAGAGACAAUUCAAUGAACAAAGGAAUGUCAUACAAUGUUACCAUUGCAGAAGCGGAUGCUCGAACCAUAUGACAGGCACCAAAUCCUUAUUCAAAGAGCUUGAUGAGACGCAAAAAAUUAAGGUGCAACUUGGAAAUACAAAAAAGAUGCAAGUUGAAGGAAAAGGUAAAGUGAAAGUCGAAACAGUCAUG